AUGGUCGAAGACAAGAUCACCACCAAACAGCUGGCAGCUAUCGAGCAUCUGGAGGAGUUGCAUUAUGAUGAGGUGGCAGGACUACAGGCGACAUUGAGUGACCAUGCCAAGGAGCUUUCCAAUAUUCGUUCGAAAUUGGCGAAGGCAACAAACAGGGGAAAGGGGAGGAGAAAGAGCGCAAAGGAACGAGCCCAAUCGCUAUGCGCGACCAAAGGGAAUGACUUGCGGCUCAUGUCAUUCAUCUUGGGGAGACAAACACGGCGCUCCGCAAAAAAAAACAAAAAUGCCGCGAAGCAAAUGCAAGGUUUCAAACACAAGAUGAACGCGAAAAAUAAGUUCCUGAUGGAUAAUAUUGUUCGGGGGAGGGAGGAAGCAGGCCUAGCACUUAUCCAGCGUGACCUAGAACACACUCAACACCGACAGUCCGAGGCGGAUCAAUCCUUGGUCAGCACACCCCACACCGCGAGAGACAACAACAUCAUGCAUGCCUUGACAACAAGUGAACCAUCCACAUCAAAGGCUGAUGGGCCGGGUGAAGGUCGUCAAGCGGCGCAAAACAUGCGCAGAGUGGCAACAGCAGCACAGAUAAUAAACCGAGGGAAGGGUGCAAUGACAUUUGGGAUGAAGAUAUCAACCCUCGAAUCUCAAAACCAAGUGCUCUUAGCAGCAAAUGAAGUGAUGGUUCAUCAACACAGAAAGGAGAAGGAGAACUUGAGAGCAAUGAAUCACCAUGUCAUCACUGAAAUUGGGAAAUAUAAGCAGCGUGUUGAGUGUUUAGCCGAGCUCAUUGGCAUCUCGGACCUCGGACCAUGA